CCGGGAAGCCUGUCUAUGAAUCUGCAGUCAGACUUCAAUGAUCCAACCCCACUCUCUGCACUCAAGAUUGAUGGCAUGCUGCUGUUGACCCCCAAGAGGUUCAUACAAGUGAGACCACUGGAAUUACAUGAUGUCCACACAAGGCGUACCACUGUUCUCCAUGCCCUUCCUGUCUGUCUACGUGAGGAAACCUCUGGAUUUUUGAGGACAUGUGUGAAUCCUGACAACAUGUUGGCGAAGUGUCUCGUAUUUGCUCUUCUGCUCUGGAUUCCUGCAGAGCUGCAUGCACAGAGCCCCUUGCAGUCUUGCAGCGCUCCCACACUGGGGAACGGGUUUUUCCUCCCUGUGGAAGACUCAUUUGCUCCUGAAACACACAUCACUUACGCCUGUGAUAAUGGAUAUAAACCUGCAGCGAAGGGCUGGUGGGCCACAAGUACAUGUAGAAAUGCUGAAUGGUCUCCUGGUCCACAGUGUAUAGAGAAAGCCGCCUGCCUUCCACCAAAAAUUCCCAAUUCCAAGUCCUUUGAAAAGCCAAAGCGCUGGUAUGAGAAUGGUGAAAAGAUAGAGAUAAACUGUAAUAGUGGAUACGUACACGCAGUCAUGGAAGACAAUGUAGCUGUGUGUACAAGUGGAGUGUGGUCUGUUCCAGUCUGUCAGAGAAGUCCUGAUUCAUGCGGUGAACCACCCUACGUCCCCAACACGGUCAUCAUUAAUGAGAAAGAGCAGGAGACGUUUGCUGUCCAAUCAACAGUGGAGUAUCAGUGUAAGGACGGAUAUUCUACAGAAGCAGGAACGACAGCCAGAUCCACCUGUAUUGAAGGAGAGUGGACCCAACCCCAAACGUGCAGACUUCAUGACAACUCCGGCUCACGGGGAGGGAACACUAAACAUGUUUCAGUAACAAUUGACAAUUGUGGAACCCCUCCUGAAGUUCCAAACAGUGUUAGAGAAAAUGGACUGAAGACUGUGACGUACACGUGUGUGAGCUUUUAUAAGUUAGUGGGUCGAGCGACUGUGGAGUGUUACAGUGAUGGCUCUUGGUCUAAAGCCCCCACCUGCAAAGAGGACUUCUGUAAAAUAAACACUGCGGAGCAUCCUGACUUAAAAAAUGUUGGGAAUACAUUUGUAGAAAAUGGAGAGACACUGGAGCUGGAGUGUACAAAUGUGUGGCGAUUUAAAAAUUAUAUACAGGUCCAGUGUAUUGAAGGAGAACUGCGCAGGACCAGAUGUUGUAACAGAGCCCAAAUCAUGUCGGGUAAUUGCAAGAUUAUAGAAAAUGCUGCUGCCUCCAUGGACACCAGUGAAAACCGAUGACAGGGGCUUGUGAUCUACAUCAACCAUCUGUAAUACAGUUAUCUAUAGUUGAAUCCAGCAACAAAGAAAGAACAUUUGUGUGGUCAUUUUUCACUGUUGUUGUUACAGUGUAUAUUGAUAAUAAAUCUAUUAUGACUGUCAA